AUGUUACAUAGGUUUAUAUACGAGACUGAACACUUCAACGGCGUUGGGGAGCUGCUCGAGAUCCUUGGCUCGAUAAUAAACGGCUUCGCGUUGCCGUUGAAGGCGGAACACAAGCAGUUCCUGGUGAAGGUGCUCAUCCCCCUGCACAAGGUUAAGUGCCUGUCGCUGUACCACGCGCAGCUAGCCUAUUGCGUGGUCCAGUUCUUGGAGAAGGACCCGACGCUGACCGAACCGGUGGUUAAAGGUCUACUCAAGUUCUGGCCGAAAACGUGCAGCCAAAAGGAAGUGAUGUUUUUGGGCGAGAUCGAGGAGGUGCUGGACGUUAUAGAACCGUCGCAAUUCACGCGAAUCCAAGAACCGCUCUUUCGGCAAAUCGCCAGGUGUGUCUCCAGUCCGCACUUUCAGGUGGCUGAACGGGCUUUGUAUUUUUGGAACAACGAGUACAUCAUGUCAUUGAUGGAAGAGAACAAUCACAUGAUUAUGCCGAUCAUGUUCCCGGCCCUGUAUCGUAUUUCGAAAGAACACUGGAACCAAACCAUAGUCGCACUAGUCUAUAAUGUGCUUAAGACGUUCAUGGAAAUGAACUCGAAAUUAUUUGAUGAAUUGACAGCCAGCUAUAAGGCUGAAAGGCAAAAGGAGAAAAAGCGAGAAAAGGAAAGGGAUGAGCUCUGGAAGAAGCUUGCCGAACUAGAAAUAAAUCAUAACAAAAAGGCCAUCGCUAAUAGUCCUGCUAACAGUAAAAAGUGA